AUGGGAAAAACCUCAAGUUGGUGUGGUGAAGGGUAUGCUGGUUUUAGACAAGUUGAUACUCCAAUUGAGGCUGAAGCUAUUGCUAAAUUAAACUUAUUAUUUGAUAAUGCUGAUCUGCCAGCUGAAACUUCAAACUGCAUUGUCUUGUCAAAUGCAAAUAUGGUAGAACAUGUUUUGCUGGACUGGACACUGUGGGUAACUUCUCCAGUUCCCAUUCAAAUUGCACUGUUAAAUUUUCUAGAGCAACUUGUGUCUGUUCAUUGGUAUAGGAAUCACAACCUUACAGUUCCUCGUCAAAUCGACCUUGUUCAACAUUUAUUGGUGACUUUGCAGCGCGGUGAUGUUGAAGUUCCUGUUUUGGAAAAAUUAGUUGCAGUCCUUGGGGUUGUAUUGGAAGAUGGGUUCCUGGCAUCUGAACUUGAAAACGUGAUUAGGUUUGUUAUUAUGUCAUUUGAUCCACCUGAGAUGAAACCACAUCAUCAAAUAAUGCGUGAGCCCAUGGGAAAGCACGUUAUAGUUAGGAAUUUGCUUCUGGAGAUGCUUGUGGAUCUUCAAGAAUCAGAAGAAAUGCUUGAACAGUGGCAUAGAAUUGUUUCUUCUAAAUUAUUGACUUAUCUUCUUGAUGAUGCUGUUCAUCCUACUAGUAUGAGAUGGAUCAUGACUCUCCUUGGCGUACGUCUGGCUUCUUCUCCCACUUUUGCUCUUAAAUUUCGCACUAGUGGAGGUUAUCAAGGCCUUAUGCGUGUGCUUACUAGUUUUUAUGAUUCUCCUGAUAUAUAUUAUAUAUUAUUCUGCCUCAUAUUUGGGAAACCAGUUUAUCCAAGAUUGCCAGAAGUUCGUAUGCUGGACUUCCAUGCACUCAUGCCGAGUGAUGGGGGUCAUGUGGAGUUGAAAUUUAUAGAACUAUUGGAAUCUAUAAUUGCUAUGGCAAAAUCCACCUUUGAUAGGCUGAGCAUGCAGUCAAUAAUUGCUUGCCAAACAGGAAAUUUUUUCCAACUUGCGGCAGAACUGGAGGAAAAUGCAGACAUGACUGCGGAGCUUCAGGGUGAAGCUCUCAUGCACAAGACAUAUGCUGCACGCCUAAUGGGUGGGGAUGCAUCUGCUCCUGCCGCUACAACUGCAGUUCUGAGAUUCAUGGUUGAUUUGGCAAAGAUGUGUCCUGCUUUUUCAGCUGUUUGCAGACAGACAGAAUUUCUAGAAUGUUGUGUUGACCUCUAUUUUUCUUGUGUUAGGUCUGGUCACACAGUGAAGAUGGCAAGAGAGCGUUCAAAAGAGACAGAAGAGAAGAAUUUGAAUGGUUAUGAUGAUGCUAGUUCGCAAAAUGCGCCCUCUAGAUUCCCUGUGGAGCAGGAACAGUCUGACAAAACUUCUAUUAGUGCUGGAAGCUUCAUGAAACCUAAUACAUCCCAAGAGGAAUCGAAGAAAUCAUUGCUGGAAGAUGUCCAAGUUACUCAGAGCAAAGAUGGUGAUAGUGUCAAUCAGGUUACUGCCUCAAGCACAAAUAAGUUCACCUGCCAUAAUACCGACAAUCUGGCUAUUCAACCACCAGAUUCACAGAGUUCUGUAGCUCUUGCUAGUCCAGAUUCUUGUAUUUUCUCUGAGAAAUUAAAUUCCAAAAGCCCCCUCGCUCCUCAAUCUCCCAUUAUUGCUCUGACUUCGUGGUUAAGUUCAACUUCAAACCAUAAUGAAUCCAAAAAUCCCAUGGAGCCUUCUACGUCUAUAGGUGUUGAUCAAUCCUUUGACUUGAAGUCUGGACCAACAACUACAAAUACUGCCUUUCCAGUUAUUCCAAAGCUUCUUCUGGAAAUGGAUGAUUCUGGCUAUGGUGGUGGCCCUUGUUCAGCUGGGGCAGCUGCUAUGUUGGAUUUUAUAGCUGAAGUACUGGCUAACCUUUUAACAGAGCAAAUAAAAGCAGCACAAUUUGUGGAGAGCAUCUUGGAAAUGGUUCCACUAUAUGUUGAAGCUGAAUCUAUGAUGGUUUUUCAAGGUUUAUUUCUAAGCAGACUAAUGAACUUCAUUGAAAGGCGUCUCUUGCAUGACAAUGAAGAAGAAGAGAAAAAGUUAGAUAAGACCAAAUGGUCCUCAAACUUAGAUGCAUUAUGCUGGAUGAUUGUUGAUCGUGUUUACAUGGGCGCUUUCCCUCAACCUGCUGUAUUGAAAACUCUAGAAUUCUUGUUAUCAAUGUUGCAAUUAGCAAACAAAGAUGGUCGAAUUGAAGACGCAGCUCCUACUGGAAAGGGUCUUUUGUCUAUUACAAGAGGUAGCAGACAACUUGAGGCUUACGUACAUUCAGUUCUUAAGAAUACAAAUAGGAUGAUAUUGUACCGCUUCCUACCAUCAUUCCUGAUUAGCAUAGGGGAAGAAGAUCUCGUUUCCUCCUUCGGUCUACUAACAGAACUUACGCAAAGAUCACUCACAAACUCUUCACAAGAUGAUCCAGGAAUUGAUAUCAGCAAAGUUUUGCAGUUAUUAGUUGCUCACCGACAAAUAAUAUUCUGUCCAACCAAUCUUGAUAUUGAUCUAAAUUGCUGUCUUUGUGUAAAUUUAAUUUAUCUUAUUCCUGACCAAACGCGAAAUGUACAGAACCUGGCAAUUGAUGUUGUCAAGUAUUUACUGGUUCAUCGAAAAUCUUCUCUGGAAGACCUGCUUGUCUCUAAACCUAACAAAGGACAGCGCCUAGAUGUACUGCAUGGUGGUUUUGACAAAUUGUUGACUGGAAACUUAUCUUCUUUCUUUGACUGGCUUCGGACAUCUGAAGAGAUGAUAAAUAAAGUACUGGAGCAAUGUGCAACCAUAAUGUGGGAGCAGUAUGUUUCUGGCUCAGCAAAAUUUCCUGGAGUAAUAAUCAAAGGCAUGGAGGGCCGUCGUAAGAGGGAAAUGGGAAGAAGAUCACGAGAUACUUCAAAGUUUGAACAAAAACACUGGGAGCAAGCGACUGAAAGGAGAUAUGCAGUGGAGGGGCUUCGUGAUACAACUGAAAGCGAAUGGCAAACCCAUCUCCAACAACUUGUACAUGAACGAGGAAUAUUCCCAAUCCGUAAACCCUCUGCUUCUAGAGAUCCUGAAUGGCAACUUUGCCCCAUUGAGGGUCCAUACACGAUGCGCAAAAAGCUUGAGUGCUGUAAAUUAAGAAUUAACAGUAUCCAAAAUGUUCUUGAUGCAGUUGGAUUAAGUGAGACGGAGCUUCCCAAGGUAAAAAAUGAGGAUGGUCCAGAUGUUUCUGAUUCUGGUUCCAAAGCUAUUUUCAAUCUUUUGAAUGAAAUUGAACUAUAUGAUGAAUCAUUGUAUAAAGGAUCAGAUGACGUGAAGGAUGUAACUUCUGUUAAAAAUGGCUGUAAUGAUGACAAAGCUGGCAGUGUAACUGAAGCUAGUCUUCACUCAGCACUUGAGUAUGGUGCAAAAUCUAGUGCAGUUUCUGUUCCUAUGUCGGAAGGCAUACCAGGAAGAUCUGAAGCUGAAUUUCCUGGGCUGUCACCUUCUGUUAGGAUUGAUGAAAUCAAAGUUACAGAGGAUAAAUUAGAUAAGGCGCUGCAAAAUGAUAGUGAAUAUUUUAUCAUACCUUAUUUAGAACAACAGGAAAAGAUUCGAUUCAGAUAUAACUGUGAGCGAGUAGUUGGUCUGGACAAACAUGAUGGUAUAUUUCUGAUAGGGGAACUUUUUUUAUAUGUAAUAAAGAACUUUUACAUUGAUGAUACUGGCUGCAUAUGUGAGAAGGAAUGUGAAGAUGAGCUCUCUGUUAUUGUUAAGAAGGAUGUUACUGGCUGUAUGGAUUGCCUAUCAAAAGCAACUUCAUCCUGGGACACAACACCAAAGGCAUUGAUAGGGGGAAGAGCCUGGGCCUACAGUGGUGGUGUAUGGGGAAAGGAGAAAGUGGUUGCCAGUGGUAAUUUACCUCACCCUUGGCGUAUGUGGAAGCUUGAUAGCAUUCAUGAGAUUUUAAAGCGUGAUUACCAGCUACGUCCUGUUGCUGUUGAGUUGUUUAGCAUGGACGGAUACAAUGAUCUCCUGGUGUUUCACAAAAGAGAAAGAGAUGAAGUAUACAAAAAUCUGGUUGCCGUGAAUCUGCCAAGGAACAGCAUGUUGGACACAACAAUUUCAGGAUCAACAAAACAGGAAAUCAAUGAGGGUGGUCGUCUCUUUAAAAUAACAGCUAAAUCUUUCUCAAAGAGAUGGCAAAGUGGAGAAAUCAGCAAUUUCCAGUACCUCAUGCAUCUCAAUACCUUGGCAGGACGUGGAUAUAGUGAUCUUACUCAAUACCCAGUCUUCCCAUGGGUUCUUGCUAAUUAUGAGAGUGAAAAUCUGGACUUGUCAGAUCCCAAAACCUUCCCCAAACUUGAAAAACCAAUGGGCAGUCAGACACCAGAAGGGGAAGAGGAAUUUAAGACCAGAUAUGAGAGCUGGGAUGACCCAGAGGUCCCAAAAUUUCAUUAUGGUUCUCACUAUUCUAGUGCUGGCAUUGUUCUCUUUUAUCUCCUUCGCUUGCCACCAUUCAGUGCUGAAAACCAGAAGCUACAGGGUUGCCAGUUCGAUCAUGCUGAUCAUCUUUUCAGUAGCAUAAGAGACACUUGGUUGAGUGCUGCUGGGAAGGGUAACACAUCAGAUGUGAAAGAACUGAUCCCAGAAUUCUUCUACAUGCCUGAGUUUUUGGAAAAUCGCUUCAGUCUUGACUUGGGUGAGAAACAGUCAGGGGAAAAGGUUGGUGACGGUCACGUUCCUCCUUGGGCUAAAGGAAGUGCUAGGGAGUUCAUUCGGAUGCAUAGAGAGGCCUUAGAAUCCGAUUUUGUUUCGGAAGAUCUUCACCAUUGGAUGGACCUCAUUUUUGGAUAUAAACAAAGGGGGAAGGCUGCUGAAAAAGCUGCUAAUGUUUUCUACCACUACACUGAAGGGAGUGUGGAUAUAGAUGCAGUUACAGAUCCUUCAAUGAAAGCUUCCAUUCUAGCUCAGAUCAAUCAUUUUGGACAGACACCUAAGCAACUAUUCCUGAAACCGCACGUGAAAAGGCGGUCUGAUAGAAAGCUUCCUCCUCAUCCACUGAAGAAUUCAACUCUUCUUGUUCCACACGAAAUACGGAAAAGCUCUUAUUCCAUUACUCAGAUCGUCACUUUCCAAGAGAAAAUUCUUAUUGGCAAGGCAAACACUAAGCUUAAACCUCGAAUGUAUGCCAAAUAUGUCGCAUGGGGUUUCCCUGAUCUCAGCUUGAGAUUUUUGAGUUUUGACCAAGAUCGACUCCUUUCAACACAUGAGAAUCUUCAUUUAGGAAACCAAACUCAGUGUGCUGGUUUUAGCCAUGAUGGUCACAUUUUGGUCACUGGCGCUUAGGAUGGUCUAGUUUAUGUUUGGAAAAUCAGCGAGGAGCAUCCGCGUGCCUCCAGUCGUUUGAUGUUAGAGAAAGUGCUUUGUGCUCACAGAUCCAAAAUCACAUGUCUUCAUGUCAAUCAGCCUUAUAUGUUGAUCGUGAGCGGAUCAGAUGGCUGCACUGUUAUCAUAUGGGACCUCAUCUCCUUAAGAUUCGUUUGGCAACUUCCCGAAUUCCCAACAUCAGUUUCUGCUGUCUAUGUGAAUGAUUUAACUGGUGAAAUUAUGACUGCUGCUGGAACUCUAUUUGCUGUUUGGAGCAUCAAUGGAUGCUGUCUAGCAGUAAUUAGAACAUCCCAGGUGCCAUCUGAUUAUAUAAUCUCUGUGACAAGUUCAACCUUCUCUGAUUGGCUGGACACAAACUGGUAUGUAACAGGUCACCACGAUGGGGCUGAUAAGGUCUGGCAUAUGGUUCACUGUACUGACAUAGAGACGAUAAGUAAUUCGACUAGCGUUGGAACCACAGGAGGGUUGCCUUUGGACAAGUCACCAGAAUACAGAUUGCUCCUCCACAAGGUAUUGCUUCAUAAGCACCCUGUUACUUCCCUUUUCUUAACUACUGAUUUGAAGCAGUUGCUGAGUGGUGAUUCUGGCGGCCAUUUGCUGUCGUGGAGGUUACCGCCCUGA